AUAUGACAUCUGCCUGGAGGCAGUCAAUGAUUCGGAAAGAGACUUUUACAAACUGGAUGAUGGCUUCUGUUAGUAUGCAGAGCUUAGAAGUUGUGGUUCGUCAACGUCGUCUCCUACUAUUUCGUCUACGUAAAUAUGUGGGCCUCUCCGCACUGGCAUAUAUUAUACUAAUGGAACUACAUCAGAGCUUUCCUGUAAGCAGCACCAAAGUCUAGUGGCUGAUAGCGUGGAGUGAAUUAG